UUUUCUUACCAAUUAAACUGAAAUUGAUUUUAAAGCACAAAUCAAACUCUGAUAGAUAAUACAUGAAACGUAUUUACGUAAUAAUUUGAGUUGUUCAUUGUAAUUUGAAAAUUUUAGCCCAAAAAUAUAGUAAACUCAUGGGCUGGAUUCCUGUGGCCCAAAAGAAGUUAGCAGAGCCCAGCAUUGAGGUUUCUUGCUUGUGUACAAAUCGGAGAGCUCUUGAGAUUGAAAUAGGCGAUACCAAUCAGAGGAACGAGCGACGUCAAUCUUCAAAUUCGCCGCUAACUAAGAGAGCUAUAUGUUUAUCAAUCCGCAUAAACUCCAUUGCUCUAGGUCUUAUCAGAGCUCAGAGCCUACAGUUUAAAGAAGCUGUGGCUACUUCAACCUCUGUGAGUGUGAGCCAAAUCGGAGAACAGGCUAGAAAAAGGAACUGAUGGCAGGCAGUGGUGGAAAUCUUAGUUCCAAUCAGUCAUCUGUGUCUCAUCAAGCUCCCAAAAUCCUAUUAGCCAAACCUGGACUUGUUUCCGCCGGUAAGUUCAACCGUGGUGGACCUGACGAUGAUCCAGCAGCUCACCGCCCACGUCUUCCCUCUGUUGGAUCUCUUAAUCUUCUCUCUGACACCUGGGAUUUCCACACGGAUCGUUUUCUCCCAUUUCUAACGGAUAAUACGGACUUUACAGUAGUGGGUGUGAUUGGUCCUCCCGGGGUUGGGAAAUCGACGAUAAUGAACGAAAUUUAUGGUUUUGAUGCUAGCUUGCCUGGAACGCUUCCUCCUUUUGCCAUAGAAACAGAAGAAACAAGGGCUAUGGCGAAACAUUGCACGGUUGGCAUUGAACCACGGGUUUCAUCUGAACGGAUUAUACUGCUUGAUACACAGCCUGUUUUUAGCCCCUCGGUUUUGGCUGAAAUGAUAAGACCAGAUGGCUCAUCCACCAUACCGAUAAUAAGCGGUGAAUCUUUAUCAGCUGAGCUAGCUCAUGAACUCUUGAGCAUCCAGCUUGGUGUUCUUCUUGCAUCCAUUUGUCACAUGAUCUUGGUGGUAUCAGAUGGAGUCCAUGAUGCUAGCAUGUGGCAACUCAUGUCAACGGUUGAUUUGCUAAAGCAUGGGAUACCUGAUCCAUCAUCUUUAACCUUUUCUCAUCGUCAAAGCUCUGAGAAAGAAAACAGAGACAGAAUUCUAGAUAGUGGAGGAGAGUACAUGGCUGAUCCAGUAUUUGUGCAUACAAAGCUAUGCACUGAAGAUCUAGCACCAUGUAAUCUUGUUCAACUGAAGAAGGCACUCACACAAUUCUUUUGCUCGUCAUCCUUUGUGAGAUCAGAAAACCACAACACUGCCAAAGAGAGUCAAGUUUCUGCUGUUACUUCCAACGUUCAAAGUGCUGGUCGAGAAUCUGAAUUUUUGAAAUUAUUUCUUAUUCCAUCCAGAGAUAAGGAUGAUUCCUUGAAGCCACAGUAUGAAAGCCACAUUUCAGCAUUAUGGAAUUUGCGGGAUCAGGUUUUGUCAAAGAGAGGUCCGUCUUUCUCAAGGACUGUGUCUGAGCGUGAUUGGGUGAAAAAUUCUGCCAAGAUAUGGGAAAUUAUUAGGAAUUCUUCCAUUAUUGUGGACUAUUGCAGAACUCUUCAAAGUUCAGGCAUGUUUAGGAGGUAAAUAAUAGAUUUAAAUUUCUCUGUUUAUCAACAACAAAGGUACUAAAUUAUGAAAGAUUUUUCGCAUACUCUAUUACAUAUACUUUAAAAUUUUAAAAA